GCGUGACAAAGAUUUGUUUUUUACGUCUCUUUAUCAGAAUUUCCUUUUCUUCUGUCAGUGAUUUAAUCUGAGCUCGUAGUUUUUGGUCAGAUAUGUUGGUCGGACAGAAAAGCAAAGCUCACUGUCGGGAAAUUUCCGGUCCUACACCUCACUCAGUGGCAGUGCUAGCUAGACAGCCAUCAUGCAGACCCCCAGAUUACCAUAUCAUUGAACGAAAGAAACGGGAGGCUACUCGCAACAAUGUGCUGGAGUUUACCAAGGACCAACGUGCCUGUGAAGUGCGAACACUCUGGGAAAGGAGCACUCAGAAGAAGAUGGUGUCGGCUACUAUUGACCGGUGCGUCUAUGAGGCAAUGGAACAGCAUACGAAGAGCAUCGAUGAACGGAGAGAAAGGCUGCGUAAAAUGCUGGAGUCUGAGGAGAGAGAAUUGUUGCAAGAGAUGGAAGCAAAAGAAGACACUAUGCUUGAAAGGCAAGCAAGGAUGCGUGAGAGAGCAAAGUACCUGCAGGAGAAAAGAGAGAGAGAGAGGCAGAAGGUGGCUGCUGAGAAGCUCGAUCAACUCUUCAGAGAGCAGAGUGAGGAGCUGCGGGCUUCAAACAUACGCCAGCACCAGGAAGAGGUCUGCACAGAGCGUGCAGCCCAGAUCCAACUGCGUCAAGAAGAGCAUCGACUGCAGCAGGAGGAAGAAAUGCUUUUUGCCCAGCUGUGGGAAGGAGAUCGUCUGGCCAAAGAACAGCGAGAGAACCUGCGGGCUCAGCGUCGGAGAGAGAAUAACUUGGAGCAGCUGGCUUUCCUGCGCACUCAGAUGGAGGCUGCAGAGCAACAGAGGCUGCAGGCCAAACAGCUCAAAGAAGAAGAGGCCCAGUUACUGCGAGAUCAGAGAGAGAUGAUGCAUCUGGAAGAGGAGUGGAAGCACAGACAGAAGCUCCAGAAUCAGGAGAGCUGGCGCAAGCAGCUAGACAGCUCGCUGCGUCUUAAAAUGAAGCGUCUAGCGCGGGAACAACAGGAGGACCUGGCGUUGGACAUGAGCAUCCUGGAACAGUUGCUUACACUAGGGAAGGAUGAGAAAAAAGAAGAGGCUCUGAGGAAGUUGGAACUGCGUGAGGAGCAGCAGAGGUAUCGGCAGUACCUGGCGGAGCAGCUGGAGGAGCAGAGACAGCACGAGGCAGAGUUGGAGAAGCUGUUCGACGCUGAGCUGCAGCAGAAAUUGAACCACAGAGCAGAACAGAACCGUCUGGCAAAAGAAGCUAGAGACCGGCUCAUGAAAGAUGUGCUGGACAUUCGGCGCUUACAAAUUCAGGAAAAUUUGGAGAGGAAUGCUAAGAAACAGGCAGAACUGGCUAAGGAGAGAGAUGAGCUGAAUAGAAUCAUCCAGAUGAACAAGCUGCUGGAUGAACAGGAAAAAAAACGUCUCAGGGAGGUGUGUCAGGAAUAUCAAGCUAGUCUUUUGGCUCAGAUUUUGCACAAUCAGCAGCUAAAUGAUAUCAAGCAAGCCGAGAACGACCGGGAGGUCCAAAGGAGUCGAAUGGACGAGGAGAAAUACAAUCAGAAGGUGCAGGAAAUCAUGUCCAGGCCGACGUCCCAUACUACAGGAGUUCACCCCUUUAGAAGAAGGAAGGACCAACCAACAACUAACUAAACCUGCUCAAAUCAUUAGCUGUGAUUCGCUCUCACAAUGAAACAUUCUCAGUGAGCUUUGCGCUUUUAAUAGGUUUUAUGGCCUCGUAUGGAGUAUCUUUGAAUUGUGAUUAAGAUUUGCAAAACAAAAUAAAAAGAAAA